AUGGCGGACCGGCUGGUGGUCGGACUGUCCAAAUUGGUGGUGGUGGGGGCGAUCAGCAGGGUACAGUCGGCGAUCGACGAGGAUACUAGGCUGCGGCAAAAGGUCAAGUGUGACCUUGUGUCAAUCACUUUGGAGCUGGAGAUGAUGCAGUCCUUCCUGGAGGACACCAACGAGGAGAUCAAGAGCAAUGUGGUGAGGACCUGGGCGAACAAUAUUCGCCAGCUCGCUCGCGAUCUGGAAGACUGCGUAGAGAAUGUUGUUCAGCUGGAGGACAAGCCAAUCUUUUGGCGCCGGUUGCUCCCAUCCUGCGUGGCAACCCCGCUGACACUGGACGAGGCCGUAGAGGAGUUAGAGAAGCUCAAGGGCAGGGUGGAGGACGUCAACAACUGCUACAGGCGCUACAGCCUCAUCAACGUCGACUCUGCUACAGGGUCGUCCAACCCGACGCAGGGCACAGCCGCAUUUGAGAUGCUGCUCGCCGACGCAGGGCACAACACCAAGAGGCUGGGCGACCACUUAGGUGAUCUCGCCGGCCAUAUAAUCGCCAACAAAGUAUACAAGCACCUUCAGGUGAUCUCCGUGUGGGGGUCAGACGGCGAUCUUGGGACGACAACCAUCAUCAGGGAGACCUACAAUGAUCCAGAAAUCUGUCACUACUUCGCGUGCCGGGCAUGGGUGAAGCUGGUGCAUCCCUUCAGUCCCCACGACUUCGUUCGGAGUCUUGUAGCUCAGUUCUACGCAAACUCUUGCAAAGAAGAAAAUGCUGCAACGGGAGUCCUCUCGAGGAUGGAUGCCACCCAGGCACAUCUUUUCGAGGAGUUCAAGCAGCUAGUCAGAAAGAAGAGGUACCUCGUCGUCGUGGAAGGCCUCUCAAACAUGGUAGAGUGGGAUGCCAUCAGCACAUUCCUUCCUCACUGGGAGGAGGAGGGAGGCUGCGUCAUCGUGUCCACGCAGCAACUCGAAAUAGCAAGCUUGUGCAUCGGCCAUCCUUACCAGAUAUUGGAAUUGAAACAGUUCUCGCCUCAGCAUUCCAUUUGUGCUUUCUUCAAGGAACCAAAGGUGCAUAAAGUAAGCCAAAAGAAAGAAGCGGAAGAGUGGAUGAUCUAUAAUCCCCUUGUUGGACGCGAAUCACAUGUAAAUGAACUUGGCAAAAUUCUGGCUAAAGCACAUGCCAGCACUUCCCAAGUGGUGUCUGUAUGGGGAAUAGCUUGCGUUGGGAAAUCAACUCUUGUCCGACACUUGUAUUUUGACAUAAUGUGUUAUAGCAGCCAAUUUAACAGGUUCAUUUGGGUCGAUGUAUCCUAUCCAUUCAAUUUAAGGGGUUUCCUUUGGAGCUUACUUUCUGAUUUUCACUCAGAAAAAGACCCCCUUCAGGAGUGUCGCCACCUUCUGCAGCAACAUCAGUGCCUCGUUGUCAUCGACGGUCUCCGGUCUAAAAAAGAAUGGGAUUUGAUACAAGCAGCAUUGGUAUCAAGAGCUUCUGCAAGCGUUAUCAUUGUCAUUACAACUGAAGCAAGCAUCGCAGAAUACUGCACACAAACAGAAGAGCACAUGUUGAAUGUCCAAUGUUUAAAACUUCUUGAUGCCUAUUAUUUCUUCAAAGAGGAGGUAUGCAAGAAAAAUCGAAUGUCCCCUUUGAACAAUGACAAAUAUAUGUAUGACCUAGAAGAACUUAUUAUCAAGUGUGGAGGUUUCCCUGGAGUAAUAACUGCUAUAGCGGGCUUGUUGGUCACAAAGGCGGAGACAUGGAAGGAUGCAGCAGAUUCUUUGAAUCACAGAUUUAUGCAUCAACUACAGUCUGAACCAGAGUUUAAUUGUCUAGGGGGUCUAUUUCGUCAGAUGCGUUCCAUCAUACUUAAUCCUCCAGAAUUUCUCAAGGGAUGUAUCUUCUACCUGCUAUUAUUUCCUCGAGGCAUUUCCUUUCGGCAGAAUAGACUAGUAAGGCGGUGGAUCGCAGAGGGCUACUCGAAGCAAAUUGUGGAAGGAAACAUGGAGCAGAAUGCAGAGAAUUUCUUCUCCGAGCUCGUCCAACUGAGCAUACUCCAGCCUAGCCAGCAUGCCAGCAGCAACAAUAUAAAGGUAUAUUAUGUUGUGAAUGAUUUCAUUCGAGAGUACAUUAUCUCACCGCAGGUGGAAGAGAACUUUGUGUAUGAACUAAGUGGUGAUUGUGCUAUAAGCACCCAAAGCAGAGGGCGUCACCUUAUCAUAUUGCGAUCCUGGUACAGAAACAGAAUUGUGUUUGAGAGAGCAGACUUCUCACGGAUAUGGUCACUCACAGUGUUUGGGAAGUGGGAGCCUUUCUUCAUCUCCAAGGGUAUGAAGCUUCUCCGGGUGCUUGAUCUUGAGAGUACAGAAGGUGUGAAGGAUGCCGAUCUCGACAAGAUGGUGAAACAGCUGCGUUUCCUGAAGUUCCUCUCUAUACGAGGGUGUCAUGAGAUCUGUCAUCUGCCAAGUUCAUUAGGUGACCUGAGGCAGCUCCAGACUCUGGAUGCCAGGCACACCUCCAUAGUCACCCUGCCCGCAAGCAUCACCAAGUUACAGAAGUUGCAAUACCUUCGUGUCGGCACCAACUUUUACUCAGAAUCAACACCAUGUGCUUUAUCCAACUGCUUACACGAGUUGUGCAGGCGUAAUCACCUAGCCGGUGUCAAGGCGCCCAGAGGAAUUGGGAAACUAACAGAGUUGCACACACUUGGUGUUGUCAAUGUUGCGCUUGAAGACCUCAAGAAGCUCACCCAAUUGCGCAAGCUUGGAGUGUCUGGCAUCAACACUAAGAACAGUCCCAGGUUUUUUUCUGCAAUCUCUGAUCAUGUACAUCUCGAAUCCUUGUCAGUGAGGCUGGACAACGACCAUGAAGGCUGCUUGGAUGGUAUCGACCAGCCUCUGGGGAACCUCCGGAGCCUUAAACUGUAUGGGCUUGGAGACAGGCUUCCUGUCGCUCUAUCAUCCAACAAUGUCCUUAGGAAGCUCACAAAAUUGGAUCUGGCGAUGGCUGCUUUGCCGCAAAGUGACAUAGAGCACCUUGGGAUGUUGCCAAAACUAUGUAUUCUGCGACUUAGUGUGAAGCAGCACAGCCUCAAGUUUUAUGCUGAAAUGCACGGACAGCAGUUGGCCACCUACGAAAAGGUAAAGAUCCUCGAAAUUUCUGGCAGCUCGAGCGGCUUACAUGUAAUCUUUGGAUCAAGUUCGAUGAAAGGUCUUAAGAAGCUUAAGUUUGACUGCUCCGAGGCGUCCUAUGAACUAGAGGGCCUGGACUUCCUAUCUGAGCUCAAGGAAAUCUUGCUUACUGGUACCGAUGAUGAAGCAAUCGGCAGCAGCCUUGUGUCUCAGCUUCGCAGCCAUCCAGGGAAACCUACUGUGACGCUUGUUUGA